CUAAUGACGAGCCUCACCUGUCCAGAGCUCCUUCUGACGAGCUGAUUGAGUUUCUGAGGUUGUUGCUUUGUGGACAGGAUGCCUCGCCAGCGCGUUAUUUACAGUGAUGUCUUCUACGAUCCUCUGACACAAGAUGUGGAGGAACUACUUGCUCAUUUCCAGCAGACGGACUCCGUCAGGUACGAGGAGUUCUCCGCCAUUUGGAGGGAGAUGGGCUUCUCAGAUGUUUUUAUAGGCACCACCAGUAGAAGUGAACUCAAGAGAUUCUGCAGAGUAGCGCUGGCCACAGCCGUCAAGUACUUCCUGCCUCCUUACAGCUACCAGAUCCGAGUGGGAGGCUUGUAUCUGAUGUUUGGUUUGUACAACACACAACUUGCUGUCCCGCCUGUGCAGAUUAGACUCGCUCUGAGGGACUGGGCCCAAGUGCAGAAGUUUGUCAAGGACUCUGUGGAUUCUGGGCAUCAGGAUGUUGUUUACAUUUAUCAAAAGCUUGUUGCAUCCAAAGCCAUUCACUACACCGCCAUGCCACAUUUGCUAACCUUCCUAAAGCAGAGGAAACGAAAGAAGGAAGCUGUGUGUGAAGGGUUUAUUGGGAGGACCGUGGCCGUGCAGGAGCUCUACUCUGCAGACAUCCUGGAGGAGGGGAGCAACAUCCAGAGCCAGUAUGAAACGCUGAAGGAGGCCACGGAGGAGGUCGGCAGCAAGGCCUCCAUGACCCAACGAGACUUCACCGCCCGCCUGAAAGACUGCAUGUCAGAGUUCCUCACUUGGCAGCAGAAGACUUUCUCGCAGCAUAAUAAAGAAUCUGGUGAUGAUGAGGACGAGGAAGAGGAGGAGAAGUCAGCUGAGGCCAGCAGCAGCAGGGCUAGACUCCUCUCCUCUAUCAAGCAGAAGAGCUACAGCAACUUCCAGGAGGUGUCCAAGGCCAGGAGGCACAGACAGCAAGAGACUGUGGAGGAGUCCAGCUCCGGGGCAGAGCAGGUCCAGGAGACUCUGCAGCGGAGGAGGCCUCCAUCACUGCGAGCUCGGACCUGGAAGAGUCUCGGGGUGACACGGGAGGAGUGCAGGCACCAGUCCUGGCUGCUGAGUGCUCCCGAGCAGCAGAGGGUGGCGGUGAGGAGAACCAACCAGACGCCACCGUUCAAGGCCAUGAUGGGAGGCAGGAGGACUUUCAGCUGCACACAGAAGUUCUGUCCUUUGGUUUUGUUCUUCCAGGUUAAAUAAAGUUCACUUCAUUUGGAAAAUUACCUUUUGUUCUGCCCGCAACUUUAGGUUACAUUCUCAAAAUCAGUCAAAAUGUUCGGCUGCAGAGUUUUCUUAUCCUACUAUAUUAAUCU